AUGGCAAAGCCCAAUGGUAAGUCUGUAUAUGGAAUCGCCGCAGAGUUGCAACAUGAGGCAAAAGAGAAAGAAAAUGUGCGUGCUGGUGUUGAUUAUUUAGGUAAGAGUACUUUGAAGGCUGAUGCAUCUAAAGGUCAAUAUACCAAUAGUGCUGUAGCAAAAAAUUUGCAAGACACAUUUUGCAACAUUGACGAAAAGUAUUCCAAUGUUGAUACUAACCUUUCACAAGGACCAUGUCAUGGCAAAGGUAAUGAUGAAAAUAGGUUUCACAUAGGAGUUGAAUGGAAACAGGAAGACACACAAAUAAAUCCAAAACACCAAGGUGUUUUAUUACCACCUAGACGUCGUCACAUGUGUACCUCAAAUUUGGAGAAUUUGAACACGAAUGCUGGAAGCCCACUUCUAGGUGGUACAAAUAAUAAUGCUAAACUUGCUAAUGAUUCGUUUUUGGGCGAUGUACUUCUCACAGCAUAUAAAGAAGCAGAAUGGAUAAAAAACAAUUACAGCGACCCAAAUGAUCAUCCUGCUGUUUGUCGUGCUGUACGGAACAGUUUUGCAGAUAUUGGAGAUAUUAUAAGAGGUAGAGAUGUAUGGACUCAAGAAAGUGGUAUGCAACAGCUACAACAAGAUUUGGUGAAAAUAUUUGAAAAAAUCAAAGAUAUAAUUCCUGGAAAUCUAAACAAAUAUAAGAACAGUAAAACCCCAUAUUUAGAGUUACGUUCCGACUGGUGGUCAGCAAAUAGAGACCAAAUAUGGAAAGCAAUGAAAUGUCAUGUUGCAACUUAUAAUGCUUUCUCGGUUUUGGAUCGACCAAGUCGUGGGGGUGUAUACAAGGUGGAACCAAAUUGUGGAUAUGGUGUUAAUGUUACUCCAUUUGACGACUAUAUCCCACAAAGGUUAAGGUGGAUGAGUGAAUGGGUUGAAAAUUAUUGCAGAAAACAGCAUGCCGAUUAUAAAUCAGUGAAAAGUGUUUGUGACAAAUGUAAGGGUGGUGUUAAUGGACAAUGUACAAAAGGCGGAAACGAAUGUACCUUGUGUUCAGGUAUGUGUAAAACAUAUGUACAAAAUGUAAAACAAUGGAAAGAACAAUGGAAAAAACAAGAAGAAAAAUACACCGAAUAUAUAUCUAAAACAAACCAUAGUGGUUCUGGUACAGGUACGAAUGAUGAAAAUGUCGUUUUUUUAAAAAGAUUAAAGGAAGGAAAUAAUGGUAAUAACAAUGCGUAUUCAACAGUUGCAGAAUUUGUAGAAUCAAUGCGUGUUAAAGGGCAAUGUCAAUACUCUAAACAGCAUAAUUUCGAGGAUGCAAGUAGUGGUAGUGAGGACUACGCCUUUAAUGAAACACCUAAAGAUUAUAAGGCCGCAUGUAAUUGUGACCAGGUAACACAGGUAGCACCUCCACAAACUCCUAGUGCUCCCACUAGUAAAUGUACUGGGAAUAAAGUAAUUGAUACUGCAACAGAUAUACAACAAAAAGCAUAUGAGGAAGCAAAAUCUCGUGCUUUUGAUAAAUUGAAAGGAAAUAUAGAGAACGCGCAAUUUAAAGAUGGGAAAACCAUGUCUAGCGGAAAUAUUUGCGAACUUAAGAAAGAAGAACAUACGAAUGAUAAACGUACAUAUGAUGCUAGUGCUGAUGGUAAAGAUGGUGGUAAACAUAGUGGUCCUUGUACUGGUAAAGGUGGAAACGAAAAAGUGAGAUUUAAUAUAGGAAAAAAAUGGGAACCACAUAAAGAUGUUAAUACAAACCAUACUGGUGUAUUAUUUCCUCCAAGAAGACUAGAUAUGUGUACAUCAAAUUUAGAAUAUUUAGGUACAAAAGGUAAUCUUGGCCACCUUAAAUCUGUUGAUGAUGACAAGUUUAAUGAUUCUUUUUUUGCAGAUGUAUUGUUAGCAGCAAAAUAUGAGGGAGAAUUCAUAUCACAUAAACUUUAUGAUGAUACUUCCCGUAUAUGUAAUGCUAUGAAGUACAGUUUUGCAGAUUUUGGAGAUAUAAUUAGAGGAAGAGAUAUAUGGAGUAGAAACGACGAUAUGAUAAAGCUAGAAACUAAUUUGAAAGCUAUAUUUAAAAAGAUUCACGAACAAAAUGGAGGCGACAAUGGUAAAUAUGCUAGUGAUAACGAAAAUUCCAACCCCCCAUAUAAAAAAUUGAGAGAAGACUGGUGGGAAGCGAACAGAAAAGAAAUAUGGGAAGCAAUGACCUGUACUGCCCCGGACGAAGCUCAUUUAUAUAUACCUACAACGGAUGGUACAUAUCGCUGGCAAGAUCCUAAAUGUGGUCGUGACUCAAAUUAUAUACCACCAGAUGACUAUAUUCCACAAAAAUUGAGAUGGAUGACUGAAUGGACAGAAAGCUAUUGCAAACAACUGGAACGUAAUUAUAGGCCGCUGAUUUUCUCUUGUGGAGCAUGUAAAAAAUAUGUGGCAAAAAAUAAACAAGAAAAUAUGAGUGAAGAAAAAAAAAAAAUAUGUAAAAUGUGUGUAGGACUGUGCGGAGUAUAUAAAAAACACGUUGAAACAUGGAAACCUCAAUGGGAAAAACUAAAAGAUCAAUACCAAAAAUUAUACAAUGAUGGUGGUGCUGCUGGUAGUGAUCCAAUUAAAGAACAAGAUGAUUUUAUGAAAAAAUUAAAGGAUCCAAAUGGUAGUACCCUUUGCACAAAUAAUACCGAUUAUUCAAAUAUUGCGAACUAUGUUACGUCAAUGGGGGGUAAUAGGUAUUGUAUAGAUGCGGGACAGAAAGAAUUGCAGGACGGAAAAAAUACUGGUACUGAAGGCACGUUUCGAGAACAACCAUAUAAGUAUGAUACGGAAUGUAAAUGGGACGUUAAACCACAAAACCCAUCGGGGGCGGAACCUGAACCGAACGUCAAGACGACGGAACAAAAGGGAGAAGAUCCAUGCGCAAUAGUGAAAGAAAUACUUGACAAUAACGAUGGAAACACUAAAGUAGGUGAAUGUAAUCUAAAAUAUGAUCAAAAAAACAAUCCACAAAACACAUAUCCUGGAUGGGAUUGCGAACAAAAACAACAUCUAAUAGAAAAUGGUAAUACUGGAGCGUGUAUGCCACCUAGAAGACAAAAGUUAUGUGUACAUUUUUUAACACAAACUAUUGGUGACGAAACCCAAUUGCGUAGAGCUUUUAUCCAAACCGCUGCGGCGGAAACGUUUCUUCAUUGGCAAUAUUUUAUUGAACACGGUGGGGGAAACCAAAAUGCAGAGAAACUCUUAAAUAGUGGAACUAUCCCCGCCAUAUUUAAACGCCAAAUGGUCUACACCUUUGGGGAUUUUAAGGAUUUAUGUUUAAAUUCAGAUAUAUCAGUAAAGGAUCCUAAAAGUAAUGUGUAUGUGACAACGGCACGAACGAAUAUAGAUAAUGUUUUUAAAAAUGGUAGCACAAUUAAUGAGGCAGAACGUAAAAAAUGGUGGGAACAAAACGGUUUGGAUAUAUGGCAAGGGAUGGUUUGUGCACUAUCACAUACUGUGAAGGAAAAGAACACGCAAAACGAGGUGCAAAGAAAACUAAUCACUAACUACAAAUAUGACCCUGAUAAAUUAAAUUCUGAAAUGGGUCUGAAUGUUCUCUAUACUGAUUCGACUCCUCAGUUUUUGCGUUGGUUCAUCGAAUGGGGCGACGAGUUUUGUACAAAAUACCUGAAGGAGUUGUACGACUUGUAUAAAGCGUGCAUGAAAUGUAAGGUAAAUGGAGGUAGUAGUGCUGGUGAAAAAUGUAAUGUUUGUGAGGAAUGUAGAAAACAAUGUGAAGCAUAUAGAAAAUUUAUUGGGGAGUGGAAGAAUGAUUAUGAAAAACAAAAAGGAAAAUUCGAUAGAGAUAAAGCUCAAUAUGAGGAUGUUCCUUUUGUGGAAUCGUCCAGAAAUGCUCACGAAAAUUUAGAUAAUGCAUUAGAAAUGCUUGAUGUAAAAAGUAGUUGCAUGGAAGAAAAGUCCAAGACCACCACGAAGGAUGAUAUGCCACAAUCGUUAGAUGAAUACCCGCCAGGUGAAUUUAAAUCUCAGUGUGAGUGUGACGAUAAACAGGCCACUAGUGGUAGUAGUAGUAAUACAUGUGAUGGCAAAACUGUUGAAAUUAAAGAAUUCAAUGAUGGAAACAAGCCUUUGACUGUAUGUAUACCAAAAGAUAAAAGUCCAUUGGAUGGAACCGUAUAUAAACAGGGUAUAUUUUUUCAAAGUAAUAAAGGUCGUUUGCGAAACGGUAAGAAAACUAACAAUAUACCGCUUUUACAAAUUUAUAAUAUUGAUUCCUAUCUUGGAAAGGGUUCUGGAAAUCCCUGUGGAGUCCGAUCUAUAGAUGCUAAAGAAUGGAAAUGUGAUAAAUAUAGAAAUAACAAUCAAUAUAAUCCAAAGGAAGAUAAUGUAUGCCUGCCUCCACGAACACAAAUUUUAUGUGUUGGUAAUUUAAACAAAGAAACAACUAAUACACAUAAAGGUAAGCAACAAUCUAAUAUUGAUGAUAUUGAUAGUACUGAAAAACUGUUAACAGAAGUUCUUGUUGCUGCAAAAUAUGAAGGAGAAAAUUUAAGUAAAAAUUUUAAAAAAAAUAACUUGGACGAAAAAAUAUUAUGUUCAAAGGUAAAAUAUAGUUUUGGUGAUCUUGCAGAUAUUAUUAAAGGAAAGAAAAUAUACGACCCUCCUUCGAACGAUAAAACUGAAUCAAAUUUAGGGACUAUAUUCCAAAAAAUAUAUACUAAUUUAAAUAUAGAAGAACAAUCUAAAUAUAAUGGCAGUAAUGGUGAACCAAAUUAUACAAAAUUACGAGAAGAGUGGUGGAACGCUAAUAGACAAUAUGUAUGGACAGUAUUAGUAGAUCGAGCCGCACCAACAGAUCCUCCGGGGUGUUUAAAAAAAUACGAAAAUAAUCCUCCGGAUAUUGAUGGUACACCUCAAUUUUUACGAUGGUUCACUGAAUGGAGCGAAGAAUUUUAUAAGGAAUAUGAACAAAAAAUAAAAGAAAUAAAAAGUGAAUGUGAAAAAAACGGACAAAAUAAUAUAUGUACUAAUGGAAAACCACCUGGAAAUUGCGGAAUAAAAUGUAAGGAAUAUAAAAAUUGGAUAGAAAAAAAAAAGAAAGAUGAAUGGGAGAAACUCGAAAAAAAAUAUAAUGAUGACCAAAAUUCAAAUAAAUAUACUGACUAUGACAAUAUGGCAGAUAUGCUUUCUCCUACAGCAUAUUUGAAUUUUAGUUGUAUGGAAGAUAAAUGUCCAUCGAUAAACUAUCCAAAAGUUAUGAAAAUUGAAGAUAAAACAUAUAAAUCGUAUUGUAAUUGUGAUAGCGAUGAGUAUAAAAAUCGAGUACAGGGUAAAGAUGAUAGUACUAGUAAGACUACAACAGACCCUUGUAGUAUUUCGGAAACAAAUUUUGGUUGUAACAAAAAAAUAUUUGGAAAAUACUGGAGUCCUUAUCAUGUAGAAGAUGAAAAUGGAAAAAAAAUUUAUGGCGUCUAUCGUCCUCCUAGACGUCAAAAAUUAUGUAUAGCAAAUAUAAUUCAGUAUUCAACUAAAGAUAAUUUGUUAGAAAAUGUACUUGUCGAUGCCCAAAAUGAAGCAAAUUUAAUAUUAGAAUAUUAUAAAAAGGAAUACACAAAUAUAAAAAGUAAUACUGAUAAUGAUUUUCCAAGUAGCACGUAUUAUCAAAAAGCUUGCAGAGCUAUUAAAAGAAGUUUUUAUGAUUUUGGAGAUAUAAUUAAAGGUACAGAUAUGGAAAAUGCAGCUUACUCGAACUAUGCACGUUUGAGACUCAAGGACACAUUUACAGAAAUGGUAAAGAAAGAAAAGGAUAAACAACAAUUAUCGUCAUAUGUUCCACUUGAAGAAGAAAUAAAAAAAAAACGUGAAGAAUGGUGGGUAUCAAAAAAAGGUAAUGUCUGGAAAGCGAUGACGCAAUGUAGGGGCAUCACCAAGUGUGGAACCAUCCCUGACAAUGACAAGAAACCCCAGUUUUUACGCUGGUUAGAAGAAUGGUACGAAGAUUUUUGCGAAAAACGACAAAAAUUGGCGAACGAGGUGAAAGAAAAAUGUGAUACAAAUAACAAUAAUUACUUGUGUAAGGUCUGUCAUGAUAAGUGCAAAGAAUAUAAAGAUUAUAUGACAAAUAAAGAAAAACAAUGGAAAGGUCAAGGUAAUCAUUAUAAACAACAACAAAAAAAUUCAAGUAACAAAAAAUAUUAUAAAAAAGAAAAAGCAAAGGAAUACUUAAAGGAAGAAUAUAAAUCUAACAAUUCCGGUGGAGACGAAUGCAAGGAAGUAGAAACUAAUAUCGAAUUGUUAGAUAAACAACCAGGUGAUGAUGUUGAAGAACACUGCAGUUGCAAAAAAUAUAAUGAUGAUAAAUUAAAUAAAGAUAUUUUAGGUCAAAGUAAUUGCGAAGGAUUAGCAAAGGAGGCAACUACAUCAUCUGGGAUUAAAUGGAUACAUGAUGAUGGAACACCAGAAAAUAAGUAUUUGGGUCAACGUGGAUUAUCUCAACAAGAAUAUGUACCACCUAGGAGACAAAAACUUUGUAUUGAAGGACUUGAUACACUUGACGUUAAUAGUGAUGAAAACAAAUUGAGACAUCACCUUAUAAAAUUAUUUGCAGGUGAAGGGUAUAAUUUAGGCCAAUACUACAAAAAUAAGGAAACAAAUAAUGACGAUGAAAAAUAUUCUUAUCAUGUCAGUCCAUGUAGUGCUAUGAAAUAUAGUUUUCUUGAUUUAAGAGAUAUAAUUUUAGGCCACGAUAUGGUAGAACCAGAUAGCGAGGGAACAGAAAGUAAACUUAAAACCAUAUUUGACAAAAUUGCAUCAAAAGAAAAAGCAAAUCAAAAAAAAGAAACGCAUGAGUUAAGAAAAACAUUUUGGGACAAAAACAUAGAAUGUUUUUGGGAAGCAAUUAAAUGCGGCUAUAAACGUGGUAAUGGUAAAGACCUAGAAAAUUGUGAUACAAUACCUAGUGAGAUUGAAUACCCCGUUGGAAAGGAUCGUAAUGAAGGCAAAGAAUACCAGUUUCUACGUUGGUUCACUGAAUGGGGAGAAGAUUUCUGUAAACACAAAGAAAAGAAAUAUACGAAAUUGAAAGCGGAGUGUGAUAACUAUAAAUGUGGCCAAAGUGGACAAAACAAAACAAAUUGUGAAAAAGCGUGUCAAGAUUAUAGAACAUUUGUUGAAAAAUGGAAAGACGCAUAUAAUAAACAAAGCCAAAAAUAUUUUAAAGAUAAAGAUAAAGAUCCAUAUAAUACUGUUCCUGAAGUAAAUGAUUCUCAACAAGCGUAUAAAUAUUUAUACAAAUCUUUAAAAAAAAAUUGUGCAAACGGUGAAUGUAAUUGUAUGGAACAAGAAUCGGAAACAACUUCCUCAAAACGUUCGCACGGUGGUAAUGGUACUGUCGUAAGUGAAAAUUAUGAUACACAUAAGCCCGCAUCAUUGGAUGAAACACCUAGUGCGUAUAAAGAGAAAUGCGGUUGUGACAAUAAUAUGGCGCCCACUGCUGAUAGUCUUAAUCCUGGUAGUAGUGAACCAGAUGGUGGUAAAGGCAAAACGAAGAAUAAAUCACAGGUGAAAAAGGUAACGAAAAAAGUGAAGAAACCAAAAAAAGAUAAUCCGGCAAAAGGUGCGAAAACUCCUAGUGCUGGUAGUCCUAAGGUUACAACCGUUACUGAACCUAUAGCAGGAGGAGGAACACUUACAGUUUCUACUAUCUCGUCUGAUCCUGAUGUGGAUGACGAUGAUGAAGAGGAGGAGGAUCCCCCGUCUAGUCUCCCUAAUUCCACACCUGAACCCCCUGAUGCCACUGUUGUCCCUGGAUCGACACCUAGUGCCGCAGUGAACCCACAGAUUAGUGGAGGAGGUAUUGGUGGAGGAACUCAACCAUCGUCUUCAUCCACAUCGAAAGAUAAUGUUCAACCAACACAAGGAUCUCAAAAGGUACCAGAUACUAACCCAAAAAAGGAAGAUACAAAUAAAUGUAAGACUAAGAAUCCUAAGAGUACUGAAACAAUACCGAAGAAUUGUGUAGAAAAUAUAGCAAAAAAUUUACAAGAAUCUUAUGAAAAUAAGGUGGAUUGUACAUUGAUGGGUAAAGGAUUAACUCUUGAUUGUACAAAGGAAAUUACUGAUUCAUCUUCUAGAGACAAUAGUUGCGAUCAUCAUAAACGUUCUUCAACUAAUAGAUGUAAUAGACAAAAAAAAAACCCAUGUGGAACUAAAGGAGAAAAUCGUUUUAAUGUAAAUACUGAAUGGAAAUGUUACAAAAAUUUAAAUCCUUAUCGAAUAAAAAAGGGAGUAUGUAUACCUCCCAGAAGAGAACAUAUAUGCAUAAGUAAUUUAGAUGAACAAUAUGUUAAAAGAGUUAACGAUGGUAACUAUCUUCUAAAAAUGAUUAUGCUUGCUGCACGAAAUGAAGGUAUAGAUAUAAUAAAAAAUAUAAAAUCUAAAAACUAUGGUAAUCGUAAUCCAAUAUGCGAUGCUAUGAAGUAUAGUUUUGCAGAUUUAGCAGAUAUAGUUAGAGGAAGAGAUAUAUUACUUAUUGAUGGUGAUGUUCCUCCUGUGGAAAUAAAAUUAUAUGAGGUUUUUAAAAAUAUAUAUGAAAAAUGGAAAGAACAAAAUAAAGGUACAAAUAUAUACCACAAUAUACAAUCAUUUCGUUCUGCCUGGUGGGAUGCUAAUAGAGAAUCAAUAUGGAAAGCAUUGACUUGUUCUGCACCAACAGAAGAAAAAAUUUAUAAAACGGGUAAAAUAGAAGGAUUUGAACGUUUAACUGUGAUGCAGGAUAAAUGUGGACAUAAUGAUGAUCCCCCUGUGGACGACUAUAUACCUCAACCUUUACGUUGGAUGACUGAAUGGAGCGAAUAUUUCUGUAAAGCAAUGAAUAAAAAACUUGAUGAAAUGAAAGUUCAAUGUGAAAAAUGUAGAAGUGGGAAUUCAUGUAAAGAUGACACUGACGGAAACAUAUGUAAGAUCUGUAAAAAUAAAUGUGACGAAUAUAAGAUUUUUAUUAAUAAAUGGAAAGAACAGUUUGAUAUACAAUCGAUAAAAUACAACGAAUUGUAUAAAAAAGCGGAGAGUGAUAGAACUUUAGGUGAGGAUAUUAAUAAUUUUGUACAGAAGUUGAAGAAAAAAGAAAAUAAAUGCUCAGUUGAAAAGGCAUCUGAAUAUAUACAUGAAACAAGUAGGUGCGUUAAUUAUAAUUUUAAUAAAAAUGAUGAUUCUUCUAAACCCAUAUAUGCUUUCGAGACUACACCAAAUGGAUAUGACAAGGCUUGUAAAUGUGAAAUUCCUGACCCUUUAGAUAAAUGUCCCAGUAAUAAUACAAAAAACGAAAUAUGUAAACGCUUUGAGGGUGUUCAUCAUUGUUCAACAAACACAUAUGAAAAUAAACUUUCUGAAUGGAAUAAUAUACUUAUAAAGGAUAAUACUGGUGAGAAUAAAGGUGUGUUACUUCCUCCUAGAAGAAGAUAUUUAUGUAUAGAUCCUCUUAGAGGAAGAACUUAUAAAAAUAACGAUCUUAUUAAUUUUAAAAAGGAUUUGCUUGAUGCUGCUUAUAGUCAAGGAAGAUUAUUAGGAAAGAAAUAUCCUAAUGAUAAUAAUGAAGCAUUACAAGCAAUGAAAUAUAGUUUUGCUGACUAUGGAGAUAUAAUUAAAGGUAUGGAUAUGGUAGAUUAUCAACCUUUAGAUAAAUUAAGAACACGAUUAGAUGACUUACUUAAAGAAAAUAAUGCUUCAUCUAAUAAUUCUUCUGAUGUUCGAAAAACAUGGUGGGAACAAAAUAGAACACAUGUAUGGCACGCUAUGUUAUGUGGAUAUAAAAGUGCUGGAGGAACAGUUACAAUGAGUGACUGUAUUUUACCGGAUGACGAUAAAACUUCACAAUUUUUACGAUGGUUAGAAGAAUGGGCAAAACAGGCAUGUAAAGAAAAAUUAAUUAAAUCACGUAUAAUAAAUACAAAAUGUAAAGAUAUAGUUGAUGGAAAAAAGUAUGAAACUAAGGUUGAUAUAUCAGAUAUACAAUGUAAAAGAUUAUUUACUGAAUAUGAAAAUUGGUUUAGGUAUCGAAAUAAUGAAUGGAUGGAGUUAUCUAAAAAAUAUGAUAAGAUUAAAAAUGACAAUAAUUAUGCUAGUAAUACACCAACUGAAGAAAAUGCUGAGAAAUAUAUAAAAAAUAAAUGUGUAGAUUGUAAGUGUGAUUUAAACGAUUUGAAUGAAAUAAACAAACAUUCUAAUAAUGAUAAAGAAUUAUUCAAAGAAUUGAUUAGUAUAGCUAACUAUGAUGGUAUUGGCCCAAAUUCAUUUAUAAAACAAAUAGGCAAAAUAUCUAACAUUAAUUCUACAACAGUUCGAAAAACUAAAGAUUUCAUAACAGACAUGUUUCAAAAAGGAUUAAACUAUUCUAUUCUUGGCGCGCAAAUUGGAAUAACAACUGGGAUAGUAGGUGCUGGAAAACUGUAUGAUACAAUAAAUGAUGUCAUUAAUAAAGUUAGCACUAUUGAUUCAACUCAACCCCCCGCAGAACCUCCUUCACCCCGACCACCACAAAAUAACGAACCAGAUAUCACAAAUAACAUAUUAUCUUCCACUCUCCCUGUUGGAAUAAGUUUUGCCUUAGGUUCCAUCGCUUUACUAUUUUACCUCAAGAAAAAACCCAAAACUUCUCCUGUGGAUAUUUUUCGUGUCCUUGAUAUCCCACAAAACGAUUAUAACAUACCUGAUGAAACAUCCACUAAUAGAUAUGUUCCAUACAGUAAAUAUAAAGGCAAAACAUAUAUUUAUGUGGAAGGAGAAGAAACGAACGAUUAUAUUCGUGAUAAAUCUUCGUCGGAUAUCACUUCUUCAUCAGAAAGUGAAUAUGAAGAAAUGGAUAUCAAUGAUAUAUAUGGUUAUAAAUCACCUAAAUAUAAAACUUUAAUUGAAGUUGUUUUGAAACCAAGCAAAACAUAUGAUGCACAAAAUAUACAUAUUGAUAAUAAUAUGGAGGAUAGUAGUGAUACACCCCCCAAUAAACUUACAGAUAAUGAGUGGAAUCAAUUGAAACAUGAUUUUAUUUCGCAAUAUUUACAAAACAUACAAAUGGAAUUACCUAAUGAAAAUAUCAUUAAUGAUGAUAUAUAUAAAAAUAUCGAACCUAAUAUUUUACCAAAAUAUAUGGAAGAAAAACCUUUUAUUACAUCUAUUCAAGAUAGAGUUUUACAUGGUGAUAGCGAGGUUACAUAUAAUAUUGAUUGGAAUGUUCCCGAAAAUAUUAAUAGUACUACCAAUAUCAUAAAUAAUCCAAAAUAUGUUUCAAAUGAUCAAUAUACUGGGAUUGAUUUAAUUAAUGAUGCUUUAAAUAGUGAUCAACAUAUUGAUAUAUAUGAUGAGUUACUCAAAAGGAAAGAAAACGAAAUGUUUGGAACAAAACAUCCAAAAACUUCAAUUAGAACAAAUAGUGUUGCAACAAAAAAACACAAUGAUUCGUUAAAAAGUCCAAAUAGAUUUAUGUAG